UUCAGUUUCCCACAAACAGUCACAAGAGAUACAUCGCAAGUUGAUAUUGAAGAGUGUUUGAGCAAAGUUUACCAGUAGUUUCCGCACCAAGAAUAGAUCAGCAAAUUGAGAAAUUUUAGUGCAUUAACUGCAUUACAAUUCAGUGAUAUAAACCGGAAGGAAUCACCCUUAUCAAAAUCAAUCAAAUCAAUUCAUAUUUUGCUAUGAAUCUAAAAAUCGUGAGAAUAAUAAAGAUGAAGUCCCUGACAAUUUUGUGCAUUCUCAUCCUCCUGGUAAUUGAGACAGUGUCCUGCCGACCAUCUGACCGAAACCGACCUACUGUAUCCCGCGCAGAGGCUGAGGACAUUCUAACGCAACUGCACGAUCUUGAGCCAGUAGAAGAUCGGCGAAUACUAAAGUGCUACGAGGAUGAUGACUUAAUGGAACUUUGCCAGCGCUGUGCAAAGGCUACCAAAGUCAGGCAUGCCUUCCCCAUGUGCUGCUCAAAUGAGGAAAAUGUACGGGAUUGGUGCAGAGAAUACGUCUACUAUGGAAAGCAAACCUAGAGACAACUGAGCACCAUCCUCCCAAGACAAAUUCCACCACAUUAUCUUCCUUUUAUAUAGCCCAAUAUUUAAUUUUAUUUUUAAGUUUGCAGACUUUGUAAGUUCAAUUGGCAAAUUUAUCAUUAUAAUUAGGUAGGAAAAUUUAGAGAAAAAAAAAUCAAAUUUUAGUACAUAAUGUAAUUAAGUAUCUCAAUCCCUAUUUAAUAUCAUUUCUCAUAAGAAACUUCCUAAUUUAUACGCAAAAACACAUGAAAAAAAUGAAUAUUUUAUGAUGAAAAUUAUGAUAGAAAUCCCUAAAAAUCCUCGAAUAUUAGCAUUAGGUGUGAAAGGAUAAAAAAAAGGAACACAAACAGAAUUUGUAAUGUCCAAAAAAUUGAAUUUCACCCCAAAAAACAUAUUUCAUUCGCACCCAUUGACCGACAAUGUAUUUCCCAUCAUUUUAAAAUGACUGUGAUCAAUAUUGUAUACUUAAAUUCAAACAACGGACAAAAUCUACGUCUUCCCAAUAGAGCCAUAAUUAUUUAGGAAAUAAUAAUUUAUUGUACAUUUUUUUUACUAUACUUCGAAUAAAACAAAAAUUUCUUAUUGCUACAAA